AUGCAGAAAUGGUCGGUCCCGCGCUCCCUUGCCCUCGUUGUCCCCGUGGCUUGUAUCUUGGGUGGCAUACAGGCAGCCUUGAUCAUCGCUCUACGCAUUGCGCAAGAUAGGAAACUCCAAUGGCCGCUGUCUCUCAUGGCUGUUCUUUCGGCGGCAUUGCUCGCGGCCGGUGUGCUCCGCCACUACCUGGACAUUUACCUCCAUCGCACUGUCCGCGGCAUCUCCUUCCUCUUCGUAGGAAUUGAUGCUGCGGGGGACUUGUUUUCCUUGGUGUCGGUGCUGUUCCAGCCGGAGCUGGAUGUUCUUGGUCUUGUCAUCUACGGAACGGAGCUUAUCUUGUGGAUUGGUGUCUUCGCGUGUGGAGGCUACUACAACCUCCUCCCCUGGCUUCGAAGCAGGAGCAAGCGUGCCAGCUCAAUCAACAACGGUGCUGGCGGACUGUCCCCUGCCUGCUCGAGGACCCGCACCCGGCAGAGUGGCCCGGCGACGGAGCCCAUUGCGCUGCACGACCUGCCUUCUACUAAGGACCCGCGACUGAUAGCCAUCAUGAGCACAGUUGCGACAAAGGUCAUGUCGCUUAGUUCGACCUCAGGAGCGCCGACGCCUCCAAACCCAACACCGUGUACAGAGUCGUCCAAUGGCAACAACAAUGGUACGCAACCCGACUUCGACGCCGUCGGCCGGAUUCUUGGCCCAAUACAAGAGGAUUUGAACGAGCAAGCCGACGUCGCUAUGCUACCUAGCCCUCCCAUCAACACCCCCGAAGCCUUCUCUCCUGCACCAUCCGUCUAUCGUGUCACACGUAGCCGUGGUUUCAGUCUUCUCGGAGACCGCUUGGCCCAGCUCAAGCUUCACGAGCGCAGCUCGCCCCGCAAAGAUUCGGAUUGCGCCUCGAGCAGCCGCUCUGUCGUGACGUCAAACGAAGAGGACGAGGGCGAGAACAUCGAGGACGAUACGAGCUCUACUGGUCGCUCUACUGGAAACUGGAGCGCAUCUAAGUAUACUCGCAAUAAGAUUGCAGCCCCGCUCAUUUCUCCUACCCCAGCUGCUAUUCCUAUUGCGCUCGGAUCCGCUCGGCUUAACCCGCGCAUUGAAGAGUAUGUCCAGUUCUCCAGCAAGGACCUGCCCGUGACCGGUCCCGCAAAGGGUGCCACCUCUUCUACUCAGGCUGUCCCCGCGAACAAUGGCUCACAUACACGCGGCGGCUCUUUUGACACAAUCAAGAGCGACGGAGCUGUCAGCGGAGUCACGGAGAAGAGCACCUGGGCUGAAGAGGUCGAGGACGCCGCCGAGCGGGCGUUUUUGCGGCUGGAGCAGCUGGCAUGCGAUGAGUACACCCUUAAUCCCAUGCAUAGCAUGGAGAACCACUACGUUCAGCGCCUCCAGCGACUCCUUGCAAAGAUCGAUCGAAAGGUCAAAGUCAAAGUCACCUACGAAGACUCUCCUGCGAGCUCGGCUAGCUCCUCGACGAUUUCCACGGAAGCUCCUACUGAGGUGCUCGAGGAGCCCACCAACGAGGCCCCCGGUGGAGCCGUCGAGAAGGUCGCUAAGGAGUAG